CUGUAGCAUUAUUUCUGUAGUUGAGAGCUGUUGCAAGCGAAAGGGGGUGGAAAAAAAAGGAACGCAACCUGAAAAAGCAACAACACCAAAAAGGACCAGCAGUUUGACAAAUAUAUUAUCUUGCUAAGGAAUUAUAUCUGCGUUGAAGAGAUACGCUCGACUUUGUCUUCGCUCUCUGUUUGGUUUACUGUUGUUAUUGUCAAUCCGAAGGGGAGACCAUGAAAGCGAUCAGCCCAGUGAGGUCGAUGAGAAGCUGCUACGAAGGGGUCUGCUGCAUCUCCGAACAGAGCCUUGCCAUCGCCCGGAGUAAAACCGCAACGGAGGAGCCUGUGAGCAUCCUGUGUGACAUGAACGACUGCUAUUCGAAGCUGAAAGAGCUCGUACCGAGCAUCCCGCAGAACACGUCGGUUAGCCAGGUGGAGAUCCUGCAGCAUGUCAUCGACUACAUCUUCGACUUGCAGAUAGCGCUGAAAGACGAAGAACCAACUGAAAAGACCCCUGACGUAGUCCUGUCAAUAAAGGCAUCAGAUUUUGGUUGUGACUUCACAUCUGGAGAUGGAACGAGUUUAUGCCAUUAGCACACGGAAGAAAACAUCGUCACUUACAUUUUAAAAGGUGUGGGAUAACACAUGGCUUCACUUCAUACCAGGAGAAAGUGACAGAAGGGGGUGCCUUUGGGCUAGAGAGAAGGGGGUGUGGGGGGGAUUAACACAUCCCCACAGAAGGGUUUAUCUACACCCACCCACAAAACAGCCGGACUCCUUAACUGGCCAGUAACUGGCCAGUCCCAAAUCGGAUGAGCACACUUGGACUUUCAUUUUAGUUUUUGAAAAGCUUAAUUCCCAAAUAGUUGGAGUUGUUGCAGUACUAUCUUUUAUUUUCUAAACCUGCACAGUAAACCAAAAAUUGAAAGUGACUUUGUUUUACUGCAGGACUAACAAAUAUACCCUUUUGGAAUUGCUUAAGUGGAUGAAGUCGGAUAUUUAAAAAUCUAAUUUGAAUAUCAGUUUUUUUGAAAAAAAAAAUUCUGAAAUUGGGGGGGUGGCAGUGCAGAUGUGUGGUGGAGAAUAGUCAAGCAGGACUGGGGGGGUGGGGGGGUGGUAUUGUUGGAAGGUUAUCUUCCAGAUGUUAUGUGGCACUCUAUAAUAGAGUUGAUUCUGAAAGUUUGCAGGGAUGAGAAUUUCUGUAGACAGUGUUGUAUGCCAAGUUUUAUAAACUUUUAUAAAAGUAUGCUUUACAUUGUACUUUUUUCAUAAUAAAAUAUUUUAAACCAUA